AUGGCUUCGAAUCUUCCGAUGCCGCUUUCUAACUGCCUCGCGUUAUGUCGAAUGUGGGCAAAUAACUCGCUAGUGGAGACUGGGGGUGACUUUCUGAAAGUUUCAAUGAAGACAGAACUAUCAAGACUACUAAAUGAGUACCGGGAAUAUGAUGGUGCUACUUUGGUUGCCGCCUUUCAGGCCGCCAUCAUCUACGCCAUUGCACUGCUUUUUCCUGCACCACACCAGCCUCCAUCCAGAAUGUUUGACCUCUCAACCCUGGCAGCUCUGAAAGAGUUUGGGGAAUACAUACGACCCGGAACCGUCAUGAUGCCGGAGGAGGUCUCUCACACACGUCCACCAUGGCAACAAUGGCUGCAAGUUUCUUGCAAGCGAAGAUCGUUGAUUUAUCUCUACUGCUUCGAGUGGAUGAAUGCAAUGUUGAAUAACUUCCAGAGUUUCCCCUGCACCAACGCGGAGUACAUGCCGGCCCCAGCGGGCAAGGUGCUUUGGGAGAUUACUGCGCAAGAGAAGUGGGAGGUCGCUUACGAUCGAUGGCUGGGAAGAUGGGCUGGUCUGGACGUGUUCACUUUAGGCGAUCUCGAAAAUAUGACGCCGGGGCCGACAUUGGACCUUCGCUCAGAAAUGUGGUUGGAAGAGGCUGAUGAGCUGGGCCAUAAAAAUUAA